CUCUUUUUAGCCAUAUCCAAACUUUCCAUCUCUACCUCCAUUUCUGUCAUUUGUUUUUAGCAGCUAGAGAGAGAUGGCGGAGGAAUCUCAGAACGGCGGUGCGAAGAACGGAGCCGCUAAGGCUGUCACCUUCUCCGCUCUCAAGCCGCAUCUAUUCGUGGAAGGUUCCAAGGCAAGCGACGCCGUGCAGUUCGACAAGACCGCAUUUGGUGCCGAGGAGGUCAGUCUUGUGAUGAAGACGAAGAGGAGGGCCGAGCAAGAAGUUCCUCUCAUUCUCUACGCCGAGCUGAAGCUCGGUUCUACUGUUUUCCUCGUUUCUGGCCUAACCGAGGACGUGGAAACUGCGGUUACUAAUGUUGUUUCUGCCGGAGCUGUUGCUGAAACGGAAAUCUCUGAGGGUGAGGCUUGCUGCUGCGGUGGUCGCGUUGGCACGGUGAAGGACCCGUAUGGCCACCUUUGGUUCAUCUGCUCCCCGGUUAAGAAGUCCGAAGAGACAGUUGAGGCUUGAAAGCCAUCAGAUCUUAUCUAAUCACUAGUACUACAUUACUAUUUCAUCUAUUUGGGUCAAAGUAGUUUAACACAUUAGUUGUUAAUGCUUAAAUUAUAAUUACAGAGCAGUUAUCUUUGUUUUGAGACUUAAUGACGCCGUCAAUGCUGUUACUCUUGGUAAUUUUGUUUACUGUGGGGCUUUGAUUGGUCGUGG